AUGGCGACGCGUGACUACAAAGAGGCCUCGGCAAUAGCUCGUAAGAGAAGGGCUGCCAAUAUUGCUGCCUUCUACAAGACUCCAGGAUGGAAUGAAGCCGACUUGCCCAACAACCUGACCGAGUAUGCGCUCAAAUCUGACUACUAUACCGACGAUGAGCGUCAAAUCAUUCAAUCGGAAGCCGAUGUGAUCCUCGAAAAGAUCAGAACAAAGCAGUGGACGGCACUUGAAGUCGCCAAAGCCUUCUCGAAGGCGUCUGCUUUAGCCCAAGAAUUGACCAACUGCUUGACCGAAGUGCUUUAUCCGGAGGCAAUCGAAAGGGCAAAGUUCCUUGAUGAGUACCUGGAACGUACGGGGAAAACUAUCGGCCCUCUCCAUGGACUGCCUAUCUCACUCAAGGACUGUUUCAUAACAGCACCACAUCCUUCUAGCAACGGGAUGGCGAUUUUUGCCAAUGAGCCUCUCGAAAAGGAUUCGUUGCUCGUCACUAUUCUGCGAAAUUUGGGCGCAGUCUUCUAUGUCAAGACAAAUGUCCCUGUUGCCAUGAUGAUGGCUGAAACAAACAACAAUGUCUGGGGUGAAACGCGGAACCCUUUGCACAAAUUCCUCUCACCGGGAGGAUCUAGUGGUGGUGAAGGAGCUUUGAUAGCCUUCAAAGCCUCGCCGCUAGGUAUUGGGACAGAUGUCGGUGGCAGUAUCCGCAUUCCUGCAGCAUGGUGCAAUCUGUAUGGUCUGAAACCCAGCUUUGGUCGCUAUCCGCAUUAUGGGGCCAAGCCAGGUAUAGCGGGACAGGAAUAUAUCUUGUCAGUCAACGGGCCGAUGGCGAGAUCUUUGCAAACGCUCCAGCUGUAUUCUGAAGCCCUCUUGUCUGAAGACGUGAAACCUUGGGAAUAUGACCACAAGGUUGUUCCGCUGCCAUGGAAACGCAAUGUCAUCCAGCCACCAGGACGGAAGCUCCGCUUUGGCCUGAUUGGCGUCCAUGACAGCCUUGUUCACGUUCAUCCACCCGUGGAGCGGGCUUUGAAAAUGACCCAAGCCGCGCUGGAAAAGCAAGGCCACGAAGUUAUCCCUUGGUCCACCGAGGAUCAUGAAGCGAUCGUUAAGAAUCUCCAAGCAGCUUUCUUCGAUCUUGGUGGCGCUGCCAUCAUGGACCUCAUUAAGCCUUGGGGAGAGCCGGUUUUCCCUAGCAUGGAAGGAUAUGCACUGGCGGCUGCUGCUGGUGAGGGUGAGCUUGGGCCGACCAAGAUGCGGAUGAUGAACCUCCGGCGCAAUGAACUGCAGAAAGCCUAUCUUGACCGCUGGAAUGCGACUGCCACCGACGAGAAACCACGACUAGACGGCAUCAUCUGCGCCACAUCGCCAUGGGCAGCCCCUCGGCUGGGUCAGACACAGAGGCAGAGUUUGUACGUUGGCUACACGGGCUUCGUCAACUUUUUGGACUUUGGCGCCUGCACCUUUCCCGUCACCUUUGCGGACAAGGAGCUCGACAAGGCCAGAGACAUGAGCACCUUCAAGCCACUGAGCGACAUCGACGGCAGGAUCCAACAAGACUACGACGCCGAAUUCUACCACGGAGCGCCCGUAGCCUUACAGAUUGUCGGCAGGCGACUCGAGGAAGAGAAGAUCCUCGAAAUGUGCGAGGUCAUCGACAACUGUCUGAAGAAUGCUUAG